AUGCACUUUUUCUCCCUGUGUCUAAGCCUCAUUGUGGGCCUUUUCGUCAUUGUGCAGGCAGCUCCUCUCGAUGUGUCUAAGAGGAGUUUCGAGUUGAAUGUGCGAAGCUCUACAGCAGCAUCAAAUACUAAUGUCCCGAGCGGUGAAACAAACCACCCGCAGGAUCCUCGUCACCGUAUAUUGGUCUAUGUUCAUUUCAGUUGGCCUAUUGAUCGUUACCACGAGGGAGUUAGUGUACCUGCGCAGGUUUCACAUCGCUUGGCCAAUUACUUCCACAGCGUCGCGAACUUUCCUGAAAUCAUCGAUGACCCCGAACAGCAAAUCGUGUUCCCUAGUGGCUCCAUCUGGAACCUGGCUAGUACUGAAGCCGCAUUCAGUUUCUCGUGGGGGAUGCGCCCUGAUGGAGUUGUACACGUUGGUCAUCUUGGAAGAGGGGAGUGA